CCUCAGUAGCCACGAGCACUGCCUGCGGGCUGCGUCAAACAAGGUUGUAGUAGUAAGCAAGUUUCACAUCUUCAUAUCCUUUUCGUUAUGCGUUCUUUAUCUUACUUUCUCUUCCUUUAAAUAAUUGUUGCUAGGGGUGACUGGUUUUUUUGUAAGAUAUUAUGUCUAAAACGUGUUCGAUGAAUGGUCGAAACGAAGUUCUAGCUCUUAUAGGUUGAAGCUGGAUUUGGGUUUUGGUCCUAAAGGCUGUUUUUACUAUAUAUAAAGGACGUGGUCUGGAUCAUAAUGGUGUACAAAUAUUUACAGAAGGUUGUCCAUGGUGCAAAGUGUUUAGAAACCAAGCAAAAUGGAGCUUUGUAUGUGAAUGUCAUGCUAUAUCACUGUUCAGAAGUAUCCCAUUCCCAUCAAGAGCCUUUAAAUUGUGAAUGGUAUGAGAAGACAUUCCCAAAGGUAGCGAAAUUGAGCCACUUGUUGAGAAAUGUGGAUUGGGUUGAUGGAGGGCUGGUUGAUGUCAGUGAUAAUUCGAUUUUCUUUAAUGGCCAAAUUGAACAAAAAUUGAAAACUUUCAAGUCCCUGGCCAGGAUCUUUAUUGGGUCUCCUUCAGUUCAGCAAACGGUUCAGAAAAAUGUGAUGGCCUUUUCGGCCGCGAGUACCAACUGCACCCCGUUUGUUUGUUUCAGUUCACCGAGUGAAAGAGAGCCUAUGAUUGUGAAUUCACUUAACCAUGUGUCCAACUUUCUGAACGUUUCCGCACAGCAAAGAAAGCUGGUUCGUUUUACGGUAAGCCCCCAGGUCACCCAACAGCGGAUAUGGACAGGUGCACUUGAGGAGAUCCUAAAUGGAUUGAAAUAUGAGUUGGAUGUGUUAAAUUGUCGAUGCUCUAGCAAAGGGAUCAAGAUGGGUCAGCAGAUAGUUUCUAGCUGUCUAAAAUUCUUGGCUGACACAGCCAUUUCCUCUGACCAUGACUCCACUUCAUGGAUGCGGCUUGCGCCUGUAAAAGUUGUUGACUCGUCUGCUUCACAUAAGUGGGAAGAUGUCCUUGAGAUGUUCAAUGACCUCAUUGGGUGUUUGAAAAGUGAAAGGGACUUGUGUUUUCUUGUGGCGAAGCUUGAGAUCAUGAAAGAGGGAUUGUCUCAAAUCAGGGAUGUAUUGAUUGAUAAAAGUAUUGGAUACAAGGAAGCUCGACAUCAAGAAAGCCUAGUACAGAAGAAGCUCUCUAAGACAUUGGGUCACUCAUCCAAGUGCUUGUUUACACUACUAUUAUACUACCUCUAUGGACACGUUAGAGAUAUUGAAGUGGAUUUAUGUGGUGGAAUUUAUAGCAUUGGUGAGAAUAGGUUUUGCUUAUGCAUGGGAAGAAUUUUGACUACAAAAGAGGAUAAUAUUGUCUGGAGUGGGGUGAGGCAGCUGGACAGGGCUCUUGGACUUUACAAAUUUGUGUGGGAAGCCGCAGGGAUGAAAGGAAUUCUGGAGCUGCAAGGUCAUUUAUGGUGUGUUGGGGCUGAGGGCAGGAUGCUUACAUAUAGAGGAAAUAUGUUCUUUGUACAUGGGAUCAGUGUUUGACUAAAAAUUGCCUAAUCAAGUAUGUUCAAAUUUUGAAAGCUAUUUGAUGGUGAUUAUACACUACAUGCAAGUCACUUCCAGAAAAACAGAAAAAGAAAAAAGAAGAAAAUGAUGGAAACAAGAUCAAGGGGACAAGGAAAGAAGAGAUUGUUGCACCUGGACACGGUUUAAGUCGUAUCAAAUAAAAACCAGUAUAGUUGCUGCCGUUUAGUUAUUUUAGAUAAACACAAAGUUUGCUCCCAUUUAGUAAAGUUGUGAAGGACAGUAGUUUAUGUUAGAUGAUUGAGUGAAAAUUUAUUGCCGUUAUGUUAUUCUGAAUCUGCCCUCUCUUUCCUCGAGUGGUUCAACUUGUACCAGCUACAGAGUGUUGUACAGGGUUUCCUCAUAUCAGGUUUCCGCAAAAGAAAUGGUACUGGGUUUCCUCAUAAUCUGCCCUCGGUCCUUAGAGGAGGGAUGCUAAAGUUUUUUAAGGGUGAUGGAGCUCAAUCGUAGUCGUCAUUAAUUUUUGGUGGAGGUGGAGUUGGUGUUGCAGCCUAUUGAUGGUUUUGACUGAAAAAAACUAAGCUUGUUCUGUGGUAUUAUGAUAUGAUACUAUUGUGCAGAGAAACAAAAACAAAAUCAUAACUGCGAAA